UGAGAACGACCCUUUCGCCUUCGCCAAAACAUGCCCUCGCAAUGUCAUGCUCCGAAAGAUCCUUUUUCACGGCGUCCACGGUUAACUCUUUCAUGAGCCUCGGUCCGAAAAAUCCCCCCCGUGUCGUCUAUCAAGACGUCCACGCCAGACCAGUGGGCCAAGUCCAACCGGACUGGGCUCCCGUGCUCCCUGGAACAAUGAACCAGCAGCAAUCGUCACAGCCACAGGAGUCCGUGGCUCUGCCGCGGCACCAAUUUCACCAAGGAGAGGUGAGCUGGAGGGAGCUUCACAUGAGCCCCAUCCGUAUUCCGCAGGUGAGCGCGUGCCCUUUUGGCGCUUCCAAAGGCAAAGAUGACUCCUCCUAUUUCCCCCUGGAAUCGGACGAGCACUCCAGACCGCUAACAGACGUCCCAACCUUCACGAGACUCAUGACAGGAAUGAGCUCCAUGAAUGGCGCCGGCACAGGUCCCAUUCAGGGCUACUUUCGCCCGGACACAUCCUACCAAGGUCUCAAACUUCACCAGUACGGCGAUCAGGAGUUGCGCCCGACCAGCUCGCCGAUUGCACCCCUCGCAGAGUCUUGCCACUUGUACAACCUGAAUUUCCCUGCGCAGCCCUGCCCAGACUCUGACGGCAAGCUUGUUAGCGAUAACUUAGUAGUCGACAACAGUGAAUGUCGAAGCCACCGGAGCGAUAGCAGCUGCAGCAUGACGCUCAACGGUAGUCAAACCAACACAGACGACGCAGACUCUUGUUUACGACGAGACAACCCCCUCACAGAUUAUUCCGAGGCUGAAAAAACGCCUAGACAGGACACACAAGCAGAUGAGGAUAAAUUCAAAAACGCUGCGAGCGGCUGGCUGUGUGCUAAAGCGGGGCGAAAGAAGCGGUGCCCCUACACUAAACACCAACUCCUGGAACUGGAGAAGGAAUUCCUCUUCAAUAUGUACUUGACUCGCGAGCGCCGCCUGGAGAUCAGUCGGGGCGUGAACCUCACAGAUCGCCAAGUGAAAAUAUGGUUUCAAAACCGCCGAAUGAAGCAGAAAAAAAUGUCCAGGGAACACAGGACAAGGGACAUCACAUCACAUUUUCCCAUUUAAAGAAUCACAUUUACUCACCCCUGAGAGUUAGGCCUAGCUCACACAGUAGCCUACAUGGAGCGCACAAAUAUACGCAGAAUCGAUGCAAUGUGAUGCAGCAACUAGUUAUGGAAGGAAUACUGUAUCAUUCUUUCCUGGAUAGCCAAGGAGUCAGACAACAUCUAAAUUGAUGCAACGACAGAAGGGACAAGAACACGAACACCAGCACUCAUGCAUGGCUAUAGCCUACGUUGCUGUCCCAGUGUUAACUGGAAAUGAACAUUUAUUUUGAUAGAAUAUUUAAGAAGAAUGUGAUUUUUAGUCUUUUCCUCGCUUGUCCAGCCACAUCUUACAAAAAGCACUUUAUACACUACAAAAAAAAAAUACGUUGAAACAUAUUUCAUGUUGGCCACAUAUGGGACGUAUUUGUUUCUGCUGGAACCGCCAGAAAUGCCUUCAUGGUUUGAAGACUUAUACUGUUUACAGUUUCUGAAGUUUGGGACACACUUAAACAGGAGUUAAUUUAUCACGUGAGCACUAUAUUUUAUUUAUUCUCAAAUGCAUGGUCGACAUAGGUGUGUUUGCAAGCGAAAUGCUAAUUUUAACAAGGAGCACAACGUCAUUGACCUAAGGGGUUUGUGAGGAAUGUAACAGUUAGCAAACCUUCAGAAAUUCACCUCUGAAUAUACGGACAUUAGUAUGAAUUCAGUAAACUUCGCUGUAAAUUCUGGUCAGCGUUUUGUGUUCUUUAGGAGCAUGAUUGAAUGUAUUUCGAUGUUUGUGGUCGCUGGUCUUGUCUUGUGUUUUUUAUCAGUGCAUUUUGAAUAAAGAAUGAUACAUUUCCUGGA